AGAUAAUGUAGACAAAUUCAGCGAAUAUUCGAACGUCAGUUCGAUCGGAGGAGCGCGUUAACGCAGUGAGUCCGCUUGCGUGAUUUACUUAAAUUAUUCGAGGACGCGCGAGACGCGCGGGAACAGAACUCGAUUGAGUGACGUCGGAAGAUCAAAAAAUGUCACUCGAGUGUUAACAACCGUGAGACGGAUUAGCGAGCUGAUUUUCGUCGACAACUUGUUUCCCGUGAGCGUCAGUUUUCGUCGCUUAUCUCCCGUUUCUCUUCCCAGUUUCCCCAAUUAUUAUACAUACAUCGCGUAUCGUCGCGACGUAUCUGUCGAUGAGCACGUGCGCUUAUAUAACCUCUAACAUCCUAAUCUCUCGCGCUCAAAUCUCACCGAUCUCGCACGAGUCCCGACCCCCGAGCGUUCUCAGGCUCGCGUGUCUCCUUCUCUUUCUCGUAUCUUAUCAUACUCCAGUCCGGCAGGCGAUAACCAUCUGGCCAAAUCGAUUCCCAGUAAUUCCAGUGUGAGUUGUACGCUGCAAGUCUCCGCGUUAAGUGUGUACAUGAGAAUUGUACUACUCGGAAAAAUAGAUUCUCCUCCCCGGGCGUGACAUCCGCUCGCGAUUAUCAUUUCUCCACGUCGACCUUAGAUGUUUUGUUUCAAAUUUAUCGAUAAGUGAGAAGCUUGGGCCGUAUACUUUGAUCUCUCUAUCAGGCUAGCUCGUCGCAAGGUGCAGUUAAAAUAAGAGUAAUGUUGGGUGCUAACGAUGAGGUAGAAUAUUCCCAGGAAGCAGAAGAGACAGAAGAGUAUGCCAUGACUUGUCUGGGAGCAUUGGUAUUUGCGGACAAACAUUCUCGACAAUCGUCUUCGGAUGAUUCAUCCAAGCAACGGGUGGAUUCAUUGUCGCUUGCGUACGAAGAUCUCUUUAGCAUGCCAUAUAACAUCGUACAAGAUUACAGCCUCACUAUACAGCAUUUAGAUAUCAGUAACAACAUGUUUAGCAGAAACUUGCAGUUUUUGUCGGAGUUCGACAAUUUAAGGUCUGUCAAUUUGGAUCAUAAUAAAAUCGAUGACGUUACGGUGUUCCCAAACAUGCCAAACCUCGAGCUGCUCUGGUUGAAUCAUAACUGUAUAAAAAAUCUGUAUCCCUUCAUCAAGAAUCUCCAUCGAAGUAUACCGAACCUUAAGUACUUGUCGCUUAUGGGAAACGAGGCGGCUCCUAGUUACCUUAAUGGUGGAGAUUUCUGUGAUUAUCUACGAUAUAGGUUGUACGUGCUAUCUUGGUUCCCGCACUUGCUGCACUUGGAUGACAGAACUGUAACCGAGCAACAAUUGCUGCAGGCUAAGAAAUUAUUUAGACGGUCGUUGCUCGAAGAUUUUAUUGUAGUGCCGGAGUGCCUUAAGGAUCUGCAUAAUAAGAUAGCUGUACAUUCCAAAACGCCAGCGUCUGACAAACAAAGAGCACCGAAUGGAACAAAUUUCAUUGUCUGAACAGUAUUAAAGUGCAGCUCAGGAAAAGCUCUGACAAUGCUCUUUCAGUGAUGAAAUGAGAUUAUAAUAUUCUGCAUUCUCUUAGUAGAAACACGUGCCAAUUAUAAAAGCAAUGUGUUGCGAAGAAGUUUUGUAGCGUUUUCGUAUAAGAUGUGAUAUAAGCAUAUUUGAUAAUCACUUUUUUUAUAGUUGUUAUAUUGAAGAUGCAGCUAUACGAACAAAUAACUUACAUUUUUAAUGCAGAUAUACGUACAAUGCAUUUGAAAGUAGUUUCACAGUGUGUUCUGCUCGUAUUAUACAGGGUGUCGGAUUCGAUUUGGACCACUCCAAAGAUUAUAGUAGAUUGG